CUGGUGGCUUGUGUCGACUGUCUGUCAUCUAGUGUGUGUCUUCUGGGGAACCGUUCUCUGAAGAAUGACAAGUUUGAAGUGUGCGCCAAGACCGAGACGCUGAACAACCAGACUGUGACCACCGAUCUCUGGAAACUUUUCUGUAACAGCGAACAUCUCAACGCCACCUGCGAUGACUAUUUCAGUCUCAAUAACGUUACGGAGAUCCCGGCUAUUCCCGGGCUCUUGAGCGGCGUUUUGAAAGACAACCUAUGGGGUGACUACGGUCCAGCUCAUACGGUCAUCGAGAAGAAAAACCAGGAAUCGGUAGAGGCUCAGGACAGUUCCGGCGAUGUCUAUAAACCCUACGUCUUCAAUGACAUGGCCACCUACUUCACACUGCUGGUGGGAAUCUACUUCCCCUCAGUUACAG